AUGCAUUACCAGAUAACAACAGUGUGUAGUGCGUGUCUAGUGGUUGUAGUGUUUGCCACUGUAAAUGAAGAUCCUGAGACGUAUCUGAACCUUGCUAUGAGACGGUACGAAGAAAGCAUUCUAAAAGACGGGCAGAGACGUGCACCAGUCCAGUUUAGAGCUUCGCUAAUACAAAGGUCCCAUGACUUCAAGGAUGCUAAGAAUUGGACCACAGCCUCAGUGAUGCAACUGAUGCAUCUUAUAAAGAACAGUGAAGCGGGAGUUUCGGUGCGGCAAGCAUUGGACAAGGUGUUAGCGCCCUUUACAACCACGACGGCGAGUUCCAGCGUGAAGUUCCGCGGGGCGAGGGAGUCAUCCCUACAUAAUAACAUUCUCCACUUCGAAGAUCAUCUCAAUGCGCAUCUGCCGAGCGCAGACAUCAGCCUUGGCCUUAUGUUGAAUCUGCUUCUUCCAGAUAAGGUUGCAACCUGGCUGAAAAACUCAGUGUCCGAAGAAUCUGUUGAAAAACUGAAGAGGAUGCUGGGACAAGGUGCUUAUCAGCGUAAGAAGAGAAGCGUUGGUUAUAAUGAAACCCAUGAUGGCACACCAGGUAGUCCUGGUUUGGACGGUAAGAGAGGGCGAGGUGGUGGCAAAUCUCGUCGUCGUAAUGGUGGCAGAACGGGAGAUUGGAAAGUUAGGGGAGAAAGUGGAUCUGAUGGUUAUAAUGGACGCCAUCAGACCCUACCGUUUGUGAAGUGCUGGGACAAUAACAUUAGGGUAAUUCCUAAAAAGUGCCAAAACAAAUCAUUUCACAGGUAA